AUCUUUGGUAGCGCACCAUCCGAAUCCACCGACUAUCCUUUCUCCUCUACGGCUACAAAUGCCAAUAAUGGAGGUAUUGGUAGCAGCGGUGGAACCAAGAAAAUCCCUCCCCCUCGGCCUCCUAAUCAGCCCAAUGUUAACAAGACUAAAGCCAGUAGCGUGGCAGAACCUUCGUCUCGCCAUGUUGAUUCUCCGAAAAGUCGAUUCCGCGGCGCUUUCGACAAGAUCGGAGGCAAUGAAACUUCCUCACGGGGACGCGGCGCAUUCCGCAUUGCUAGUGGUGGAAGUGGUGGGAGAGACGCAGCAACGGCUGCGGCCUCAAUGAAUGAGGCAGAACAAAUACGUUGGGCUACUCGUGAGAGCCGACGAGCGGCACAACAGGAGGAAAAACUACGUGCUCAAGAAGAGGCCGAUUUGGAAUUGGCUCUGCGGCUCUCGCGUCUUGAGGCGUUGGCUCGCGGAACGAAUUAA